ACUGAGCCUUUCCAAUAUUCUUUUCUCCCUUUACUUUACAAGUCUCUCAUCAUGCUAAAUAUAAACCAAUCACGAACACUAAGGCGAACGCUAAUAAGGCUCCGUCCCUACGACCUGGAGGACUUGAUCCGCUCCCCAACCACCUACCUCGCCAGAAAAUUCCAUGGUAUCCGACGCGUUAUUCCUGCACAGUCACCUUCACCCAUCUCAAUAAUCUGCAUUUCGGACACCCACGGCCAACAACCUGACAUUCCACUGGGAGACGUCCUAAUCCACGCCGGCGAUCUCACACAUCGCGGGACAUUAAAAGAGAUCCAAGCGUGCUUCGACUGGCUGAAGGCGCAACCUCAUCAGCACAAGAUCGUGAUCGGAGGUAACCAUGACGUAUUCCUCGACCCGGAAAUCCGGUCCUAUUCCAAGACGGUGCAGACGUUGGAUACGUCCGGAUUGAUUUAUUUGCAAAACGGGUCGGCUACCAUCGAAUGCGCCGAUGGACGCACGCUGAAGGUAUUCGGCAGCCCGAUGAGCCCGAAGUUUUACGGGUACACGGCAUUCCAAUACCCCCGUGAGGAGAACGUUUGGGAGAACCAGAUACCAGACGAUGUAGACAUUCUGGUCACGCAUGGUCCGCCUUUGGGAUACCGGGACCGCUCGUUCGGCUGCGCAUUCCUCUCGCAAGAGGUCUGGCGAACGAAGCCGAAAUUACACGUCUUUGGCCAUAUUCACGAAGCUAAUGGCCAGCAACUGGUUGCUUAUGAUGACGUGGAGCGGGCGUAUAUGGCUGUAGUGGCGCGGAAAGAGGGACUAUUCGCCCUCUUACAUUUCGUUUAUCUGUUUUUUGUUUCUUUCUUCCACACACCUGUUCGAUCUCAUACGCAGGUUGUUAAUGCUGCGAUGCGUACAAAGAACACUACUCCGAUAAAGGUGCAAAUAUAACCUAAAGAGCUUGGAAAAUCAUGCACUAGCGGAAAGAUGCGGCAAUGCCACCGCGGCUAUCGAGGAAUGAUGUGGUAUAUAUAUAUAUACUUAGAUGAUAGACCAUCAGAGCAGACUUACAGCUCGUGGCGUAUCAUUCACAGCAGGAGGAAAUGGCUGAUGUACGGGUUCUUCCCGAACGAAAUCAU